CGUAUUCCUUAUUCAUCAUUUCCAAGAACUUUUCUGAUUUCACCAGAUUGGCAUAAAAAGAAAGAUGAACUAAUGAGGUCGGAUAUUGCUUAAAUGCGAGAGAAUCAAGGUUUCAAUACUUAAGUACCUACCUCAGUUUGUUACCAUGGAAACACUGACAUUUUGCUGUUAAAUAUCAGUGUUUACAAUCGACAAGGUGAUAAACAAGAUUUAGCUACAAAAGAAAGUAAUAGUAUAGUAAAUCCGGACAUAGUUAUUGCACAUCAUGUUGAAAUUUCUAACUUUGCCCGAACUCGAUACUAAGAGCGUCCUAAAUGUUGUGGAGGAUAAUUUCCGAAAGCUGAACUUGCUAUUAUUUUCAGAAAGCCUAUGCUAUACGUAUGAUAUACAUUGGCGAGCAUGCACUGCCGAAAGAGGAAAUUAUUCAACAUUUCUCGAGGAGCAUUGAACUUGUGAACUCCACUUACUGUGAGAUCAAUGUCUACGGGCUUCUUCUUGUGUACGACAGUUAUUUUGUUCAUAUACUGGAGGGUUCAGAAGACACAAUUCACAGACACUUAAGAUUUUUAUUCAGACGAGAGACUAACUGGAAAGCCAAAAGGUCGAAUUUGGACCAACCUAUUAAUGUGGAUAGUGAAACCGAAUUCUUGAAUAUCAUAAUGGCGGACAAUACGGAGACAGAGGACGUACCGGAGAGGAUAAUGUUUAGACGUUUGAAACUAGUGAUGAUAUACCACUCCAUCCGCACGUUGCUAUUCACUAAAUGGCGAGCAGUGACAGCAAGGCCACCAUCGCUCAUAGGCAAACUGGAUCUGUUUGGAACCCUGCAAGACCAUUUGGAGCAACUACGCAUCUUCCUAAACAAGCUUACUAAAAUAUGUGCCUUCGCUAAAGCUGACGAAAACUUAUCCUUUGAGGGAUUAAAGGUAGUAGACCCUAAGAUGGAAGCUCUGCCUGAAGUUGCUCUGAUCGACUUCUUGUUGCAAUCUCCUCACAUUCUACCACUUCGUGAAACCGCGGCCUUGCAUCGGCAAGUCGAAGAUUUCAAAUUCUAUUUCGAGGAGGUUUGGCCUUUACCAACUCAGUUCACGCCUCGAUUCCUUUACAAGUUGAAGAUAGACGAUUCUUUCGUGGAGCCUCUCCCUGUAAUGCCUUGGGAAGUGGUGAAGAAAGAGGGAGAUGACGAAGAGAGGGAUGAACGGGAGGAACAUACCGACUCGUCUUCUGAUUAAAUUAUCGACACUAUUAUCUUUUUUGCAUUAUUUUUCUUUUAUUGUGUUCUAGUCAUUUUUAAUGUUGUGUUUAAAAUACACGAUUAAGUAGCCAUUAAG